AUGCGGCUGUUCUUAAGCCCCAGAUAUCCGCACGAAGAGACGCUUAGGAGGUACCACGUGGCAACCGGUCUAACGGUGUGUUCGUAUCUCGAGAGAUAUAGUUUCUUCAACCGUACUAAAGCUAACGCUGCCUUCGUGGCUUCUGUCUUCGGCGAUUACUUGAACGCCACCGGCGCUCCGGGGUGGUACUGCGGCGGCGACUUUUUGAGGACUGACAUGGAGUAUAUUUUGGGAGCGAAUCCGAUGAACACAAGCUACGUGGUGGGUUACGGGGCGAAAUUCCCGAGACAAGUGUACCACCGCGGCGCAUCCAUCCCUCCGAACACGAACGAUUCCUGCAGAGAGGGGUUUAGGUGGUUGUACGCCGAGACGCCAAAUCCGAACAACAUCACCGGCGCAAUGGUCGGCGGUCCAGACCGAUUUGAUAAAUUCGAAGACGUACGGAGCAAUUUCAACUACACAGAGCCCUCGUUGGCGGCGAACGCCGGGCUGGUUGCUGCCCUAGUCUCACUCACAUCCAGCAGCGGCUUUGGUGUCGAGAAGAACGCCAUUUUCUCUUAUAUUACGCCGCUGUAUCGCAACAGCCCCACGCCGUCACCGCCGUGGAAACCUUAG